GCGGCGACGUCAUCGAGCGGCGACGGCGGUUGCUAGGGAGACGGCGGCGGCUGUUGCCAAGGAGACGGCGGCGCCGCCGAGCUCGGGGGGAGCAGAUCCAGGCCCGGCCCCGGCCCGGCCCCGCGGGGCUGCCUCGGCCGAAUCCAGGUGGGGGAAACAUGAACGAGGUAAAGGAGGCUCUAAGAACCGUAGAACAGCACUACAGGCUCUUCCUGCAGCAGCAGUUCACGUUUAUCGCGGCGCUGCAACACACCCGAGAGAACGCGCACGACAUGAUCAGACCCGUGGCAAGCAUCGACCAGGUACAGUCCUACAUGGACCAUUACUGUAACAAUUCCACGGACAGGCGUAUCCUCAACAUGUUCCUGAGCAUCUGUAAUGACCUAAGCAAGCUCUGCCACAAGCUGGAGGCCGUGCAUCCUGGUAACAGCACCACCAACGGCAUUUUGGAAAGAUGCAAGCUGCUCCUUAGCCACAGCAACGAUCUGAGCACCAUCCGAGCUAAAUAUCCCCACGAUGUUGUGAACCACCUGAGCUGUGAUGAGGCCAAGAACCAUUACGGAGGUGUGGUGAGCCUCAUCCCCAUCGUUCUAGACUGCAUGAAGGAGUGGCUGUACCACACUGAGAAGCUGCCGCGGCACAUGCUGCAUAAUGUGAGUGGUAGAAGUGCUCUCUCUGAGAAGAGGGCACCCGAGGACGAACCAGCUAGGGCAGCCAUUUCCCAAAACCCACCUUCCGUCCACCCUGAAGCUCAGACCUCAAUUAGUAACAAAGAUUGUGUACAAGUGCAGGGGAGUAAGCAUGUCAGAAAGAAGCACCCGAAUGACACAGAAAAUCACAAUGGGAAACUGAAAAGUCCUUGGAAACCACCUGGUAGACAUGCCUUUUAAGGGAUGGAAGUUCAUGCUUCUCCUGCUUUCUGCCUUUAAUCAGGUGGCUGAUUAAAAUCAGUGAAAUGAAUACUAGAGAUCCAAGUUCUGAAGAGUUAGUCCUGUCAAAUAGCCUUUGACACUCCGCUCUCCCUUGCUAUUAUUUCCUCUCUCCUCCUAAAAGUCAUAUCCCAGCAGCAGGAGCUGUACCACACAUGGUUGCUUUCACAGGCAUUGUGGUGAGAGCAGGGAAUAAUCAGGAGUAAUCAGGUUCUAAUCACGGAUACAAAUCUCAGGCAAGCUACCCAAAACAGGAUUUUACAGACUUUCUCAGACUUCUUUCUGAGAAAUAGCCACUCAGUCCCAAAAGCUGGAGGUGUGAAUAACCAGCAUGUUUGAAGGACAUGAUGCAGAGCAGCAAAAGUCUCUCAGUAAGGACUCAGAAGCAUGUCUGACAUUCACACUGGGCUUAUCACUAAAGUUCCCUCACCCCAGCUGAUCCCAUUGAAAUUGCCUGGUCUGUGCACCAAAGAAUCAGUGUUUGCAGGACCCUCAUGAUGUCUCCCUUGCACAUCACAGGCUACAGAAACGGUCAUUCAUCGAGCCUUAGCUACACUGACCGGGCUCUGCUGGAUUCGUGCAGGUUCUCUCACCAUCACCAACCAGUACACACCACACAGAACAGUUUCCUUUAUGCCUGUUUUGACUCCUUAGCUGUUAGCAGCUAGAGAUAUAAAGGAGGACAACCUUCAUUUUGCACCUAGUUUGGUGUAUUGACAAUAUUCCAACUUGAAUAAACGCCCCCUUCCUCCCCAGACCUCUGCAAAGCUAACAGGAAGUCAUUUCCAUUAAAUGUGAUUCAGGGAACCUAGGGGGAGCAGAGAGAUUCAGCUGUGGCCAUUUUCAGAUGGUUCCUUUUUAAACUGCAAACUAAAAUGUCUUUCCCCUCUUUCCAGAAAAGAAUCUAGCUUUUUUUUCAAGGGUGUGAUGAUGCCUAAUUAAUUAAAACUGAAAGGCAUUUGAAAUAGUCUUGUGCUGCUUUUAUAACAGCACUUUGCAAGUCCAGCACGAUGACUUUAUACCAGUGCUGAGCACAGCUUGCUUUCCAGCCUGCUUAGCGAGGGCCAGCAGAGUCGCAGGCCCUCCCCCAUUCCCCACAGCCAAUAUGCAUCUUUUGUGGUGCUUUUCUUCAAGCACAGUUAACUACAAACUUAGGAUCUCAAUAACGCAAUGUCUUCCCUGUAUCUGACUGCUCUUUUCCCCUCCCACAGGCAAAUUAGCACCUGUUCUUUGCUUCCUGCUGGAAGACACUUCUGAAUAAACAAGUUCCCUUUGCAUAUCUAUCUCAGUUUGCUAAAAUUGUGGAAAGCUUUUUCCUUAAGAUGACCAGAUUUUGGCAACACAGGCAAAAAAAAGAAGGGAGAAUUAUUAUAGAGGAGGGAGCACAGGAAGGAAUGAUAGCUCAGAUGAAAUAGGAAGUACUUUCAGGAACAUUUUUUCUCCUCACACAACCUCCUGUUCCUUUGCACUUUCUUUCCUUCCCCUAACUCCAUAUGCCACUAUAUAAUACAUCAAUCCACUCUGGAGAAGGGGCCUGUAUUUGGGAGACAUCACAUCCCAGCUGAAUUGAAACGUGGUGAACUUAAAAAUGAUAAUGAAGCCUGCUGAGGUCACACAGAUUCUCAGGCACUAAGGGGGUCACAGACAGCACAAUGUGCCUGUUGCCACCUCGGGCUUUAUUUGGGAGCUCUGCUGCAGAGGUAGCAUUAUAAAGAAAAAUACAAGAUGCUCACAGCUGCCCUUUAGUGCUUCAUGUUGCAAAGACAAGUGUCUGCUAACACUGUUUUAGAAAGUUUUCCAAACCAAGUAGGUGCCACGUUGACUGAAGGAUGACAAGUUUCGGGACAUGAAUGAAAUUUCCUCAGAUAUUGUUCCUGGCCUUCCUAACCCUAGCUAUCAUAGCAUUUAAAUUUGACUACGCAGGCUCUGAUCAGACCAAAAUUAUGCUCUGCUUUGUAGUUCCUUUUCAGCUUCCACAGUUCAAGACAGCACAAAGUGCCUGUCAGAACAGUCCUGUCAAACCUCGGCUACCUUCCAGACCUGCUGUUCAAUGUUCGUUCACACCUGACAGAGGUUGUGACACACACAAGAAACCCACAAUCCACAAAUUUUAAUAAUUAUUUCUAACCCAGCCCCGUCCUUUCAAUCGGUUUUACGCAGACAAAAUUUUAAGACAGCAGCAGAAAAAUGACGGCGUGAAACUCAGGGUCUGAGGUUUGGCAAUGACUCGACCAGAAUCUGUUGGAAGACUGCAAAGUUAAACCUCACAAAAACAUCCAGACAAAUUACUUAAUUUCCAUACAAGUUCUCCUCUUCCAGAGUGGAUGGACACUUCAAAAGAGAAAAAGAUACAGCGAGAAUUGUUUUUCUCUAUUACAAAUCAAGCUGUUUGAAGAAUUUACAUAAACAGGAUGUAAACGCCAAGCAGAAGUGCAGAAGUUUUACUUUAGCCUCUGAGAGCACAACACCGCAGGAGACACUGGGAACCCAGGCAGGGCACCGGAGUGACUUACCCCGGGGUCUGUCAGCCAGUGCAGGAAAUAAAUGCUGCUUUGCUUUCAAACACGGCAGCGGGGACACGGGCUGGUAGGAAACGAUCCCAAAAAAUCCUGGUGUUUGUAGGCUCUGCGAUCCCCUUGAGCUGCAGGAGGGUCAAACCCGGCUUUUACCAAGGCGCAACCGAUUAAACCCCUAGAUUAAACUCCAGAUUAAACAUCCAGGCCCUGCUCGGCCCCCGGGAGGUCACCACAGCCUCGGGAGCGCCCCGGGGGCACGGGGGGAGCUCCCCGGGGAGAGCCGGACCCCGGCGGCCCCCUGAGGGGAGCGGUGCCGCUGCCCAGGGCAGCCGCGGGCCUCGGGGGGCCUCUAGCGGCCGCCUCAGGGAAGGCGGCCCCGGGCCCCGCAGAGCCCUGCUGAGGCACCCGGGUCUUGGGGCCUCCGUGAAAGCCUCCUAAAGGCCGUUUGUAUCCUAAAAGCCGUUGGUAAGGCGCUCAACCAGCCCCACAGCCUCAAAAGGGCUUCGCCACCAGAAUGGUUGCUUUCCCAGGCACGCAGGCGCCAGCCCCUCCUGGCUGCUUCCACAGGCUCUUCUUGGCUGUGCCCGUCCUGCUCCAUCACCUCGCUGGCCUACAAACACCUCGUAGCCCACAGCAGCUUUGUUUCUGUCAGAGCUCUGAAUUCAGCUGGGGGUGGGCAUAGCAACCACCAAAACCCAGCUCUUGGUCACGGAUGGCCAGCCCAGAGCCCUGACAUAACCAUGAGUUCACCCAGCGAGGCAUAAUUAGAGGAGGUCCUCAGCUUCAGGUAAAAAGUUUCACCAAGAUCACAGAUGCCAAAAUCAUGAAAAGCACCAGCCAAAAUUAUUUGGAGUUAAGCUUUGCAUGAAAAGUAAAGCCGAGCUCCACCUGCCAAGCUGCCACUGGAUCAAAUGAAGUAACUCAGCUCCUGUUGCUUCUCUGAACUACUCUGUAACCACUUUUCAAAUUCAGGCCACUGCACCUGUAGCUAGAUAGUUCCAAUAAAUCAAGAUGAACCAGCUAAGAUGCUUAAAAAUUGGGAAAUAAAGUUAUUUCUUUCACUAGUG